UUUUGUAGAUCCAUUUCUGGUUUUCUAUUUCUCCUGUUUCUCAUUUACUCUGUUGUGAUGAUUUGGUUAAUAUUUGCAACCUUCAAUCACACUACUUGUGUUUAAACAUCAUCUGAUUUGUUUUACAUCAUUCUGCUUUCCCUCUCCUUUAAAACCAGCUUCUAACUAGACUUCGUUUCUUGGCUUUGCCCAUACCUUGUUGGCUGAAUCGAGUCUGUCAGAUGAGUCCGAGCCCAUUAAGUGGAAGUACAUCAGACAAUUAACCAUCAGAUACAUGAGCAGAAAUUAGGCCAUUCGGACCGUUGACUGUUUCAAUUUGCAGCAACGUGGCGAGGAAGAAUUGUCCAUUUGGACCAGCAUUAGGAUUUAUUUAAGUCAAGAAAAACUACUUGUCAGAAUUGGGUUUUCUUGACCAAAUUUUGUUUCCUACCUGAAAAUGGGCAGAUCAGUUACCGUAUAAGAUAUCCCAUGGGAAAACAUGAAGUAAAUUUGCUAUUUUACUAUGAUGAGAAGAAUCAGUGGCACUCUGUGUACAAGAAUAACUCAAAGAGCUGUUGGAGUAAAGAAGCAGUGGCUGCCACUGGAAAUAAUCAGCUGUUGAACCUCACUCAUGACUUUUCAUUGUCCGGUUGCCAGGUGAUAGAUAUGAAUGGAAUGAAUUACACAGAUUGUCAAAAAACACUCAACUUCCAUUCAGCAAGGGAGAGAUGGUGGUUCCUUGCAAUCAGUAAUUGUAGGGGUGGAGAAAUAAAAUUGGAAUACGAAAUUAAAAUGUUGAAUGGGAAAAGUUUAUGGAGAAGACAUUUUUCUGCCAAUCAGAUAGGUAUUCUUGAAGUACACAUACUUUCAGUGUUGUUAUUCGUAAUUGUACUUGGAGUUUGUAUAUAUUUUGCUUAUUAUUUGAAGAGAAGACAUUUACUGCAUUCAAGCUAUCAGAUGCUAAUGGCCUCUAUAGCAAUAGAAGCUCUAGGCCAUUUCUUCCUAUGCAUUCAAUUUGGCAUUUAUGCACGAAAUGGUGUAGAUUGUGAACCUGUCAAAAUAAUCGGACGCUUGUUGCUGGUGAUUAGCUAUUUACUGCUUGUUCCAAUGCUGCUUCUCAUGAGCCAUGGGUUUACAAUUACAAGGUGCAAGAUUCAUCAGUCUAGCGCUGUCACUGUCUGUCUGUUGAUGGUCACCUUUGCAAUUAUGUACACCUGGUUUUUUCUUGGUGAAAGACAUCUUAUAGACGCGGGAGAGAUACAGAGUUCAUUGGAAUCUCCUAUUGGCUAUGCUGUAACUGCCCUACAGUUUCUGACAGCAAUUUGGUUUGUAGAGUCAACAUACAAGAUCAUGCACCAGCAUCCUGAGAAACGGCCAUUUUAUCUUCUUUUCUUUCCAGCAUUCACCUUUUGGUUUUUUGCAGUGCCCAUCAGUAGCCUUUUUGGACAAUUUAUGAUUCCAAACUGGAAACGUGAACGUGUUGUGUGUGCAAUCUCGUUGCUUUUGAAAUUCUACGUCUAUUUUAUUAUGCUGUUUCUAACCAGGCCAUUCCAUACAAACACAAGAUUUCCCUUUCACAUUGACACUUCACGGAUUGCACUUACGAGAUAUGCAUCAGAAUCCCAGGAGAGCUUUGUGAAGUUUGGACAUCGUAUACACAGAAAUAUCAGUGUCAUUAGCCUCAUCAACAAUAAUUCCAGAGGUGCCACUGCCAAUGGGCCAAGAAACUGUACCUUGCAAGAGGAUGCAGAUCUCUUGGAAAGAACUGAUACUCAAAUUGAUUACAGAUUUGGUCUUGUUUAAAAUCAAGAGAUUUAAUGAAGAAUCCUGAAGAUCCCCAUCUGCAGGAACACUACUACUUUGUAUCAACACAACUCCAAUAUUAAAAGUGAACAUGCAAUGCCCAGUGUUACAACAUUGUUAGUAGUAUUUUGUCCAAUGCCGAGGCCAUAUUUUCUCUAGAACACUUGAGUACUCUGCAGGUUAUCUUUUAUGCUUCGUACUUCAAGCAUAUUCUUGUACAAGAAAUAAAUAUUAAAGUUAUCAUGGUGAAAUGCAUGUUUUUAUGUUGACAUCUGAAACACUUGAGUUCAUUUUUCAAGGUAAGUGCAUUUGGAUUUGGACAACAUGAAGCUUUAAUUUCCUAAGAUUAGAAAUUCUAU